UCGUCGUUGGCAACGGAAAUCUCGAAACGCCGCGAGAGGUGAAACGAAAGUAAUGUACUUAAAAGUGUCUGGUGUCUUCAAAGUUACAAAGUGAACAAUUGUUUGUUUAAAAUAUGUAUGAUCUGUAAUUAAUUGAAGAUUUGUUUGGGUGAUACAAGUUUGAGUGUAAUAUAAUUCAGGAAUACGAUAAUUGUCGAAGAUCUUAAGGGUGUCGAGGAAGUAUGUAUUACGUCCUAAGUUAAUGAAUGGUUAAUGAUCACUUGUGUUCUCCAAAUGGUGGCACGUGCAGGUCACACCCAAAGGUAUUUCAAUAAGCGGCUUGAGAUUAUCGAUCCUCGAAUAUGUUCGUCACGAAUUGAGCGUGACAUCCGGCGAGCCUGAUCACCUAGAUCGUAACCGAAACACCUGACCAUGGUGGCCGAACUGACGGACAUUCCCGUUGCAAGCGCAGAACGAAAAACACCUACAGCUGAUCCCGGAACCGCCGUUAAACCGAGGAACAGGCCGAAGUGGAUCCAAACCGCGACUCGCGAGCCGAUUUACAGCGUUCUCGACGGCGAGAAGCCGGACAGUAACAAUUUGCCGACGGGUUUCAACGUGGUGGUGAUAAGCGCGGUGAAAAGUGACAAAGCGAAAAGAGACGAUUCGGAGGCGUUUCAAGUCGAACAGACAAAAGUUCCGUAUCAUCUUCCCCAAGUGACGGAUAAUAGUAAAUUAACUUCUCAGAACUCGAUACAAGAGAUCGAAGAUGAGGAUCCUCUGUACAGCGUCGUGAAGAAGCCUAAGAAAGUUCAAUUGAGUGAAACGGCAGACCUCAUCGAGAGGAAGGAUCCUCGACCGGUCGAGGAUCGAUUACAGCCGGAGAGCCGUUCGCGACAAGAGGAACUUCGUCGGUGGCUGCAAAUAGCGUCGAAGCAGCUACCGGAACCGCGACGCCUCUUCAAUCUCAGCGAAAUGUACACUAACCACUUGGGAGAGUUCGAUCAGGCCGACUGGAAGAGAAACGUAGCGAUGCCUCAUGGAAUCGUUGGUCUGGUAGGACCUUACCGAGUCUAUCAGAAUCCUAACGAAAGGCGGGAGUACAUGCUGCAGGAGGAAGAGCUGGUCGAGGAAGUGGUCGAUUCCGUCAGUGAAAUCGCGGCUCGUGAGAACAUCGAGCAUCACCAAAGAGCGAAAUGGCGGAUACGGGAGGAAGAUGAGGAGACUCUUGUUCCCGAUAUUCGAAAUAUUCCCGGACUUGAGGAUUUCGCCGCUGAAGACAACAAAGAGUCCGAAUGGAAGAAAGUGGACGAUCGAUCGACGAUCGGCUAUGGUAAAAGCGAUGAGGCGUCGGAAUUGAAGGAGCAAGAUGUGUACAAGCCAGAUAUUAAUGGAAUUGUAUCUGGCAAAGAAGAACGAGCCGUGGACGUUCCCGAAGAGGUUUCGACUACGUCCACGUCUUCAAUGAAAGAGAAGAAGGCCAGCAAUGAACAGCAUGAUAAGGAUAGCCUAAACGAGACGGGAAGCACAACGGGUGGCACCGUGGAGGGUGCACCCGGGGGAACCCCUAGCAGGGGUGAAAGAAACGAGACCGAGCUACCGGCCUCUGAGGCAACCAGACGAGCACCAUCGAGGUCUCUAAUCUCCAGGAUCCUCUCUAGGACACGCUCCUCGAACGACCUUCUGGAUCAUUCUGCAUCCUUUUCUCAACUAUGGGUUAUCCUCUCGAACGUAUAUGGUCAGUUCAUCGUGGUGCUAACCAUCGCGCUUUGCUUGGCCGAGGUCAUGGACACACCUGUGCCUCUGCUCAGUUUGCAAGGCGUGUUCCUGACCUACCUGUAUGUGGGCAGCAUAGCGGUGAUCAUCAGUAUCUAUAUCUGGGUGUUAGUGGACAGUUGCAAGGGUCUGAGCACCAGUGCGGCUGGCGUCGAAGACGUGGAACUCGGCGGCGCGUCCUUAACGAGAUUCGGAUCACUGAAACGUGCUCAUAUCUCGCGUUCUAGGACGGCACCGACGAGUUUCUAUAUUCGGGUUGGAGCGUUGCUUUUCGGUUUGGCGACUCUCGUCUUCAGUGGUUUAGAAAUGGCUAUGCAUUCGAUGAUGAAGGGCACCGAGUGCUUGAGCGAUAUCGUCUUCGUGCAUCCGGUGCUUCAUGGCCUGUUCACGUUUCUCCAGAUGCAUUUCUUAUUUGUCAAUUCGCAGGUCCUUGUGGAGAGAUUUGGAUUAGCAGCGAGGUUUGGGUUCAUUCAUUUAGCUGCCACGAAUAUUGCAAUCUGGAUUCGGUUAGUGAUCUGGGAUUCGGCGCAAGAAUGGACGUACUUCGUUCAUUUGGCGCAGCGGGGACUUCACAAUUCGGCUUCUCCAUUGAAUCUUCGCGGAUUCCCGGAGUCCCUCAUUAGGCAUAAAGAUUCAAUAGAUCAUUCUGCGGUAGAGAAAGAAGUUGUUGUACCGUAUCAGCCAAUCUCGAACGAGCAAAUAUCACAAGUGAUCAGCUUGCAGGAAUGUUUGAAUACUAACACUCUCGGCCAACUGUGGACAUCGACAAUGCCAGUUUUAUAUCCCUUUAUCGUACAAUUUAGUUUAAUCGCCGCGGCGGUAACUUUUGUGAUGGGCCAGAACGUCGGCCGCAAUCGACUACCACACAAGCCAAAGUACCAUAGCAACAAAGAUCUGACGAGUCACAUGAAUGUUGGGUGCGACGGCUCCAGCAAAGGUCUAUUCCUCGGCAUGCUGUGCAUGGUUGCCGGUAUAGUGGUAAUAUUAAUAUUCCUGGUCGUGAAGGAGGACGAGCAUUUUCCUCCGACGACCCUGUCUUGGUUAACUUGCGGCACCCUGACCAGCAUCCUGGCGUUGAGUACCCUAAUGACGGCCAGCGGUUUGGUUCAAGUACGUCAGAUGUCCAUCGUGUCCAGACCACCGGCCACGCUGGAUACUUUGCUGUCGAACGUCGCUCUGUUCGGUGUGCAACUGUACUCUGUCUUCACAAUUGUGGUCUGUGCUUGUUCCUUGGCAAUCUUAGAGGACGAGAGCGAGGAGACGCGCGGUAGACAUGUAAUGCUUUUAACCGCAUCGAUUCUACAAUUGAUCCAAUGCUUCGCUCAAAGCACUCUGAUAGCCGAGGCGUCCAAGAGAGAGUGCAUAACACGUUUUCAAAUAAUAGCGAAACCGGCCAGACAGGUGAUCACGUUCUUGCUGUUCAGCAAUUCAGUCCUGUGGGCAUUUGAUACCACGAUCACCCAGAAUUGGUUUUCGCAAGAGCUUCAACUGAGAUUCUUCGGCGUUCUAGCCUGGGGCGUGAUAUCUAGAAUAGGUUUACCACUGUUGAUAUUCUACCGGUUUCACAGUUGCGUACUGCUACUGGAGGCGUGGAACAAGUGCUAUAGGAUGCCCAGGGGCGAGCAUCCGCUCAACUGACGACACAGAACGCUACACCCAUGUUCCUCUAGGUUGAAGCCGAGAAGGCACCGCUCUUACUGCCGAAAAGUGACCAUCGAUCUAGGCGAGGACAACGAAUGGUCCUCCACGAUCGACACAACC